AUGUCUGCAGACGGAACAGCUCCGCAAGCAGAGGUGCUCUCAAUCGCCUCCCCUAUUAACCUCCUCCUCGUCUCUGUCUUCACAUUCAUCGUCUACCUACAAUUCCGCCCCAAACAACCCGCCGUCCUCCCCAAGGCCCCUCCACCCGUCGUCUUCCGCACCUUCAUCCCGAAGACCCUCCUCGAGUUUAACGGCGAAAACGACAAGCCUGUGUACCUUGCUGUCCGCGGCCGCGUGUUUGAUGUUUCCCCCGGAAGGAACUUCUACGGACCGGGCGGACCCUACGAGAACUUCGCCGGCCGGGAUGCUUCCCGUGGUCUCGCCUUCCAGAGCUUCGAUCGGGAGAUGUUAACGGAGGAUCUAUCGGCCCCGCUGGAUGAUUUGAAGGAUCUGGACGCGGACCAGUUGGAGAACCUGCAAAGUUGGGAGGAGAGGUUCUCGGAGAAGUAUCUUAUUGUUGGGAAACUGGUUGCUGAGGGAGAUUCCGAGGCGCCGAAGUCAUAA